UAUCUAUCACACGACAUAUUAAAAUCUUAUCUCUCUCCGCACCUCUCUUUUCUCUCUCAUCUGCAACUAAAAAUACUUCGAUCUGAGCUCGUUAAUGGUGUAUUUCUGCUCAGAUCUGAGGCUAUUACACGUAGUAUACACAUCGACAAACUUGCAUCGGAGUUGACCUGUUGGCGGCCAUCUUUUCCGGCCAGAUAUUGAAGGUUAUAGGCGAUGGCGUACUCGUUUCCUGAGGAGGUGUUGGAGCACGUGUUUUCAUUUUUGAGCUCGGAAAAGGACAGGAACGCGGUUUCGUUGGUGUGCAAGUCGUGGUAUGAAAUGGAGAGGUGGUGCCGGAGGAGGAUUUUUGUGGGGAACUGUUACGCGGUAAACCCUAAAAUCAUGAUCAGGAGGUUUCCAGAGGUGAAAUCGGUUGAGUUGAAAGGGAAACCGCAUUUUGCCGACUUCAAUUUGGUUCCGGAGGGAUGGGGAGGGUAUGCUCACCCUUGGAUCGUUGAAAUUGCUAGGGGUUACCCUUGGUUAGAGGAGAUCAGGCUUAAACGCAUGGUGGUUACGGAUGAGAGCUUGGAGUUAAUAUCUAAAUCGUUUAAGAACUUCAAGGUUUUGGUUUUGUCGUCAUGUGAGGGCUUCAGUACUGACGGUCUUGCUGCCAUUGCUGCUAAUUGCAGAAAUUUGAGAGUAUUGGAGUUGCGGGAGUGUGAAGUUGAAGAUGUAAGUGGGCAUUGGCUGAGUCACUUCCCUGAUUCUUUUACCUCAUUGGAGUCUCUAAACAUGGGUUGUUUGGGUUGUGAGGUGAGUUUCUCAGCCCUGGAACGCCUGGUUGCCAGGUCACCCAACCUCAAGACCCUUCGACUCAACCGCACUGUACCCCUUGAGAAGCUCUCGACACUCCUACAGCUGGCCCCACAGCUGGUUGAAUUUGGCACAGGCUCCUACUCAGCAGACAUCCGGUCAGAUCUAUAUUCAAGUCUGGUGGAAGCCUUUUCACGCUGCAAGAAUCUAAAAGGGCUUUCAGGGUUUUGGGAUGUGGUUCCAGCUUAUCUUCCUGCUUUUUACUCUGUGUGUCCUGGCCUCACUUUUCUAAACUUGAGCUACGCCGCCACACAGAGUCCUGAUCUUACCAAGAUUGUUAGCCAAUGUCAUAACCUGCAGCGCCUAUGGGUGUUGGAUUACAUCGAGGACACGGGGCUCAACGCCCUUGCAAUUUCAUGUAAGGACCUUCAAGAAUUGCGAGUGUUCCCUUCGGACCCUUUUGUGGCGGAUGCAAACGUGAUGUUAACAGAAGAAGGUCUGGUUUCAGUCUCUGAAGGUUGCCCAAAGCUUCAGUCUGUCCUCUACUUCUGUCGCCAGUUUUCAAAUGCAGCAUUAACCAGCAUUGCCAAAAACCGCCCUAACCUAACAACCUUCCGUUUGUGCAUUCUGGAACCCCGAGCUCCCGAUUACCUGACAUUCGAACCCCUGGAUUCCGGUUUCGGAUCCAUAGUCCAACACUGCAAAAACCUGAGACGCCUUUCGUUGUCGGGUCUCCUGACAGACCGUGUGUUUGAACACAUCGGGACCCACGCUAAAAAACUGGACAUGCUUUCGAUAGCUUUUGCUGGGGAUAGUGAUUUGGGGUUGCAUCAUGUUUUAUCUGGAUGUGAGAGUUUGAGGAAGCUGGAAAUACGGGAUUGUCCUUUUGGGGAUAAGGCUCUUUUGGCUAAUGCUUCCAAGUUGGAGACAAUGCGAUCCCUUUGGAUGUCUUCUUGUGGGGUUAGUUUUGGAGCGUGUAAGGUGUUGGGUCAGAAGAUGCCUGGUCUUAAUGUUGAAGUCAUUGAUGAAAGAGAGAAUCUUGAUUCCAUCCCUCAAAACUCUCCCGUUGAGAAGCUUUACAUUUACCGAACCGUUGCAGGGGAGAGGUUUGACAUGCCCGAUUUUGUACGGACAAUGGGUAAACACAACCACAAUAGGAGGAGGUUCAAAUAAAGCGUUAAGGCCCGUGUAGUGUUGCGGCAUGCCACAUUUGGUCCCUGGUGAAAUCUGGUAUGGUGUGUGAGUUGUAGAAUGUAUCUGUACUAUUAUUAUUAUUAUUAUUAGUCAGUUAGUCUCAUUUCGCUUUGAAUAAAGACCACCCCUUCCUUCCUUUAAAUCUUGUUGUAACUUGUAACUGCUGCGUAUUGUUUGUUGGCUGUUAAAUUUAUCGCAGCCCUUGCAUUGCCCGAAUUAUGUCUACAACGACCUUUUUGUA